AUGGCUAUCAUUGACAUAAUUGAACAACAAUUAAAAAAGUCAGAAGAAGAACAUGAUUUGGCGAAGAGGAAGUUAAAGGAAUUUGAAGAAGGGGAGAGCGGCAUGCUGCUAAAGUCAUUAAGGAAAAAGAGGAAAAUCCUUGAUGAAGAGGACAAGCAGGAGAUAGGAG